GGUACAUAUGGCCCACCCGGCACACACGCAAGCACAAAGCCACGUACCAAACGUGAGCGUGCAGGCCAGGCGUGCGAUGCGUGCGGGGAAAGUUAAAGUGCUGCUCCCAGCAACGCAAAGUCUCCAAUACGGUGUAGGGGCCAGGAGCCACCAACCCGUACUGCUGCAGGACCGGAAGGGCAACCAGCAGCGUGCCGCCACUCACGAACCUACAACCGCAAGGAUGUCGGGGUUCGUUCGCAUCGCCUCGGUAAUCAGGGCACCGAUGGCCGUCGGUGGAGUAACAGCUGGCUGCGGAACACGUUCCAGCCGCACCCCAUCAGCCGUGUCGUUGCGAAUCCACAGUACCGCCAGCACCCCGGCUCUGUACACCUCGAUUGGGGCAGCCGACAAGGGGUCAUCCGCGUACAGCAGGUCCAGUCGCCAUGCUGUCGGCUGCCGCGCCCACACACCCCUGCGGCACACGCGAGCAGAACACACACCAGCACGAGGGAAGAAAGCUUUACAGCUACAUGUAUCACAUAAAUCAUAA